UCUUAACACCGCUUCAGUCAACGUUAGCACGUCGCGCGGGGCGCACGUCUGUCGCGUCAUCAAACAAUUGUACCGCGAGUGUUUUUAAAUUAUACAUUUAUUUGUUUCACAAUUAAAAUAACAGUGCAGUUUUGUGAAGUGAUAACAAAGAAGUUUUUUUACAAGGAGUGUCGUGAAUGGAAUGUCGCGAGGCAGUAGCAGCGUGUCACCAUGGAGGGUGGGCAGCAGUUACGGUUGCUGCUAUGGAAGGACUACCUCAUACGAAAGAGAAAACUGAUAACCAUAGUGGGAAUAAUAUGGGCCACACUGGUGAUGCUCAGUUUGUACAUAGUGAGGAUCAACGUCGACAAUGUGGACUAUCCUACUUGUACGUACCCUGCGCGUGCGCUGCCCAGCGCUGGCAUGCUGCCGUUCCUACAGUCCUUCAUGUGCACCAUCAACAAUGAGUGCUCCCCGCUCGACCUAUACGAUGAGAUACCUUUCUAUGAAAAGUCUAAGCUCACACAACUGCAGCGGACGUUAGCUCCAGUACUUAAUGACACAGUGCUGGAUGUAGCGAGUUCAGUACCUGACGCUAUAAAACUACUCGCUACGCUAGCAGAUGUAGUGGAUGAACCAGCAUUUAUAGAAAUUAGCAAGAAUGGUCUAAAAAUAAAAGACUUGUUCGAAAAGCCUUCGAGAGUAAGACGGUACGUGUCAGACAAGCUGCACAUAAGUGAUGACGUCACACGGAGCAUCAUGAAUGCUGAGCUAAGCUUACAAGGUAUAAUGAAAGGCAACAUAGACAGAUGUAGCACAGCGUCUCUAGAAGAAACGAUUGUAAUGGAGAACCACGAUCACAUGAUCAUAUUGAAAGAAAAAUUGUGUUCCAUGUCAAUGGAGGAACUACAAAAGAUGUUCAUUGAUAUCUUGUUCCAAGUAAAUUAUAGUAAAUAUGUGACAAUGUUAGGAGAUAUGUACUACAAAAUGUCUGGAGACAAACGUUUGAACGCUAUCGGCAACAUGUUGACGGCAGUGCUACGUAUGAUGAGACUCCAGAACUUCUUACCGCGGGAGCUGGUCUCCAUAUUCCAAGGUCAAGAUUCGGAUUUUAGUUACAUGAAGCUUACUUUAAUAUCAAAGCUCAUGGAUCUAUUUAAACCAACAUUUGGCGAUACUCAGUCUUUUGCAAUUAUCAACGGGUUUUCCGAUGCCAUUGUAGUGGGACUGCAGUAUAUGGAUAAAGUUUUUGCCAAACAAAGAAAUAGUAGUAUAGAGGUAACAAAUAAUAAUGAAACUAAAAACGGUUUACAAGCUAUUUCUGAUGUAUUCCACAAUGCUGCAGAAGUGUUUGAAGAAGAUAUGCAAAAGGAUUCAUCUAUCGACGCAUUCAGUGUCUUGACACAAAUCAUGAACUUCAUCACAAAGUUCCUCCCUGCUAACACAAAGCAUGAUGUUCUAUUUUAUUCAACUCUUCUUGCCAAGCUGAUGGAAAGUGCCCAGAAAGUCGUCGAUAUAAACAUGAAUAUUGAGCACUUGACCUAUAACGUUACCCUGAGGCAUCCCGGCGCCGUUGAUAUUCUUAAAGAAUUACCACCAGUAGUCGUUGGCAAAGCCUUUGAAGCUUUAGCUGAUGCUGAGAGGACACAGAUUCUGACGUCAAAGAUUAACCUUCCAGGGCAAAUGUUCUGUGACACUUACAAGCUCCAAACGUUCUUCGUUGUAUCAAAAACUGAGGCAGAAUCCUUGAAGAAACAACUAUGUACAGAUGUUUGGAAGAACUAUGUGUCGGAUCUAGUAAAAUCGUUUGGAGUCUUUGAAGUGAAAAAUAAUAUCAAUAACAUGGCAUCCCUUUUAAUUCAAGAAACUCUUGGCAAGGACACAAAUGACCAGCUGUACACGAUUGAGCAAGAUUUUAAAAUCCUCCAGAAUUUCACUCAGGCUCUGGUGAGCAUCCAGUCUGAACACCGUCAACCAGUGGACUGGAACUCACUGUUCCACGUCCAGGAAGACUCCGAGGUCAUGAAGGCUGUUCGAGCUAAAAGUCAUCUUGGGAAACAAAUAUUAAUAGUAAUUCACGGUGCCAUAGCAAAGGAAAUCGUGCAUCAGAAUCCAAUCCUCGACUUUAAGAUUUCUCCGUAUUUGAAUGAUGUCAUCAUCCUGGUGUCGGCGAUAAACGAACAGCUUGAGAAGAGCUCUGAGAGUCAGGCGAAAGCGUUCAAGGAAGUGUAUGCUGAUGUAGUUGUGGCACUACUGACAACUGCGCUUAAUGAGGAAAAAACUUACAAAGCUCUGUCAAGCAACGGAGUAGAUAUGUUUUGUAAUGGAGUUGAAAUAGCUGAUGCGUACCUAAUACUACCACUAGAAGACGAUAAAAAGAAGAAAAUCAUCACAUCUCUGUGUGAUGCUACCGUCGCCAUUGAGAAUGGACUGGAAGCUGACUCUGUUGUCUCUAAAGCCAUCCAAACCAUCAUGAACUCCGCUCAUCCGGUGGUGACACUGAACUGGAACAAAUUGAUAAACAACUUGAAGAACCUGUACACAAAGCUGGACAGAGACUACCCAUACCUGUUCCAAUUCCAGACAUACAAUAUAGAUAAUUCUACUAAGAAACAGGUGAAUUCAUUAUUUGCCGAAGCCAAGGAAUAUUGGUUUGGAGUGAAGAAUAUGGAGAGGAGUUUGAGGUUAAGCUUCAAAUUCGCAUUCCGCUUUCUGGACAUUUUAGACUAUGGCCUGUUCAAUAUGAACUCCCAGUUCUGGCUGAGGAUGAAGUACAUCAUCACCAGGAUCGUUGGACCUAUGAAAGUUUUUGAUGAAACUGUUAGACUGGUGGCAGCGUUACUGACAAAUGAUACCUACACCAGUGACCUACCGCCCGCUACAGUAGCAGCGCUGGAACACAUCAUACCGAACAUACCACAGUUGACCGUCGAUGCUGUUAAUAUUAUCAAAAAUAAUGAUACAGAUGUACAAGCAGUUAUAUCUCUCCUGAACUCGGAUCCACCAUGGCCCUGCUCCACAUCCAGCUUGGGAAAACUGCUGGCCUUAACCCCCACCUCCAUGGAGGCUGUAGUCGGGAUGGAGACCAUCAUGUGUAUGAACAAACAGUUUCAAGACGAAUGGAUUGCGUAUCUCGAUAGCAAGAACGUGUCUUUGAGUAACUUUACCACGUGGAACACUACCGACUACCGGCCCCACCUCUUCCUCGAGUUCUCCUCAUCGUUCGACUCUUUGAUGGAAGAUAUCGUCAUUAGCAGGAAGGCCUUGCAGGAUGCCUUCAGUGGCACUGCUAAUGGAAGGCUAGGGUUGAAGGACGCUUGGGAUUAUGCUGUGAAGACACUCAAUACUACAGACAGAGAUGAAAUAAUGAGGUCUAUGUUCACCAAAAUCGAUACAGUGUUGAAUACAUUGAACACCUCGUCGAUACCAAGCAAUGUUUCCAUGAACAACCUCUUCGAGAGGUACACCAAGUGUAUCAUGAACGGCAUGGACGAUGACUGCAGACUCCUCGGCAGGAAGGCGUGGCAGAACUUCUUCGAAUCAUUCUCUAUUAUACUAGAGAAUAUUGCCACCGAUUUGUUGACUUACUUCCGAGAAGCUAAUGAACCCAAUUCAAACAUAUUGCAAAUGUUGGGUUUUACACGAAGUACUGGUUUGUAUAUCUUAUACGACAAGAUGCCUGAGUUUAUGGCAGUUUUACUAAAUUCCUAUUGGGACUAUGGAUUCAUGAGCCAGGUCCGAAGAGCGACACUUUCCCAAUUCUGGGACUGUGAUGCUGUACUGUCUUCCAUGGUAGCUCCUCCAGGUAGCGUCAUAGAUUCAACCUUCAUGAACAAAGUGAAACCUUUCGUUUGUCCAUCAUUGCUGCACUGGAUUUCUCUGCCAAGGGGAGAUAAUACAUUACUUGAUGUGUUUGCUAAACCCCAAUACUUCUUCUUCACAUUGCCCGUAUCAAACCUGACGAGUAGAUUUGAAAAAGCUUACACCAAAGCUACAGAGUUAACCAAUUAUUUGACUGAAAUAUCAAAGAAGAAUCAAACUUUACUAACAGAAGAAGACGUUAAGAUGAACUCAAUCGAAGGAAAACUCAAGAAAGUUGUUGAUGCAGUUGUUACCUUCAAAAUCGAUGAAAAUAACCCAUCAUAUCGAUUGUUUAAUGAGAUUAAUUUGAAACAAUUCGCAGCGAACGUAUACUUGACGAGAAUAGUUAGUAUAAUUAACAAACUGUCGACAGAACUCACCAAUUUAAACAUAACAGAAGUAGUCACCGGUACUGAUGAAGAAAUAAAAGCAGCUGCAGCUGACCUACAAUUGAUCAAAUAUUUAUUUAGAAGAAAACCUACAGAUGCUAUAAACAUACACUUUGAUAUAAUAACCGAUGUUAUAUGGGCUAAUGAUGAGAAUUAUACUCUUGUAGAUGCCUUUGACAAAAUGUGUAAGAAUUUGAACACCAAUGCUAGCAAAAGUAUAUUAGUAAGUGAUGAUGAUAAAGCAAGAGGACAGAUCUGUGCCAAGCGUUAUAAUAUUAUUUAUAGUGCUGUACAAAAUAUUGCUGUUCCUGACUAUAAUGAUACAAGACAAACUCUGUUACAUGUAGUAGACAUACUGAAAACUGACAAUGAAACAGUAACAGAUGUAUUUGAAUUCCUCAGUCACAGAAAACAGCUAAUCACAUCAUUGAAGACAUCGACAAAACAUGCCUACGACCUUAGCAUUCCUAUCUACCUGAAGUACUUGCAUUCGAACAUUCAGAGUUAUAACGUCAUCCUAGGCUUCUUAACUGGUGAAAACUGGUGGCAUCUUCUAACGGACCUGUACAACGGACCAUAUGCCACCAAGUUCUUUGGUUACUUGGAGAACAGUUUCGAGGUCGCUGAAGAUUUGCUUAGUAAUUUCGACGAUAUACAUGUUAUCCGUCUUCUUCAUGACAUUGAUGUGAAUCAGACAGAAUGGGUCUGUCUGCCAAACAUCACGCUGUCAGACUACAUUCCCGAUAAGACGGGAUUAUGGUCUGAUCUGAAGGAACAAAUAUGUAACGUAGAUAAGGCCGAACUAUAUAAAGAAAUACCACCACUUCUGUUUGCGUCGCAAGGUUACGAGAGUUCCUUAAGAUUGCCCAAGAACAUUGACAACGAUGAAAUUGACUCAGACAUUUCUGAGAUUGAAUCAAAGCUGGACAUCAUCAGAGACGGCCCUAAAUCGCCACAGAACCCACCAUGGGUGACAGAUGAGAAGGUGGAACACUUUAGGAAGGUGGCACUGGGGUUGCUGUCCAAAGAAACUUUGACCAAGAUCUCAUUUGCUAUACUGAGCAAUGGGGUUGAUGCUGGCACUCUGUUCUUGAAUAACAGCCAGUGCACAGUGUGCUCUCAGUUCACGACGUGGUUCAAGCAGCUGAACCUGCAGCUCUUUAAAAAGCAGGAGUACGACAAUUUGCUAUGCCAUCUGAACACAAUGAGCUUGGAAGAUGUGUAUCACGCGCUGAAGAACGACUUCCACUGGGACAUGGCUAUUAAAGAGUUAAUUUCGACAAGGAACUACACAAAGUACGAGAUGAACAAGUCCAUGAACGAGUUUUUAGGACAAGUGAAGUUGCACCUGCUGGAGGACAUCAGUACAACGAACACAAAGGUGACAGAGUGCCUCGCUAAGAACGUCUCUAGAAAUGAAUUUGGAAAUGCCACAAUAUUUGCCUCAGUCCUAGCUCAAACCGGCAAAUUGCUCAGAGCUGAACUGCCUCACAUCCACGAAGUCGACGGCAUUAAAAGCCUACCGUAUCUGAAAGUGCUCUCAUCUGAAGUAGCUCACAAUAUAGACGUUGUGAAACCUUUAAAGGACUACCUAAUGGACAAAAGUGAUUUGCACGGAGAACUGAUGAAGAUUGUAGAUGAUCACGAUAUUGUUGCUGAUAUUGAGAAUGCUCAGGUUAAUUUGAGAAAAAUCCGCAGUAUCUCAGAGCCUGAUACAGCAAACAUCGUGAUCAAACCUGCCAGGAACUGGACUGAUCUCUGUGCUCGCUACAACUGCAGCAAUAUCGCUGCUGCCAUCAGAAACAAUAUCAACAACACUCUCAUUGAGAAAGCACUUCCAAAAUACCAAGAUGAAGAGUUCUGGCGUUUCAACUUCGUAUCGAACAUCAUCCAGCACCUUGAGGACUUCAUGUCUCAUAGUGCUCGUCUCUUGGGGCUGGCCAGCAAGGUUAACGUCAAGGGUGUAAUGGAUGGUAACCUGGAAGCCAUGGUCGAUGCUCUGCUCUUGGUCAUCAGUGAUGAGUCCCUCGACAACAUCAUGUUUAGUCUCCAAGGAAUCCUCGAGCAGUUACAUCCCCUCCUGGAGGGAACUCCUCUGGACCAGGAUCUAAGUGCACUGGCCUCUGGUCUGCACGUAGUGAGACAGCUCAAGAACUACCUGCUGGAGGACGUUAAUCUUAACGUUGAAGUAUCGAAAUUGUUUCCUGACGCUGAUGAUGUGGAGGUCGGACUGAGUGCCCUCGGCAUCAACAACACCAACUUCUGGUCUGUCGCCGCGCCCAGGAUACAUGCUGGUACCAUUCAACUGAAGCCGCUCUUCUCCUCGAAACCUGAUGACAGCCACAUAGCGAAAUACGUUUGUCAGAUGGAUCACAUGUCCAAAGUGCUAUUCCCUGCGAAUCUGGACGUGGUGUCUGCAGAAGAUGUCUUCGGAGCCACCAUCGAGCAGUUCUGUGGUCUACCUGAUCACAUCGCCAAGCAAGUGCUGCCAGUACUGCUACGGAACUUCAACUACAGCCUACUGCUUGAUGAAGUAGCCAGUACCCUUCUCACAAAGCUCUACUCCGCAUCAAACUUGACCAAAGAAGAAGGAUCCAGAGUGCUUGAGAAAUUCUCACAAAUGGCAGCACUGAUACCGGUGAUUCAGGAGAAGAUGGAAGACGUGACACUGACCCUGGCCAACGAGACACUGUUCCAAAGCUUGAGGGACUUCAGCUCGAUUGGGAACCUCUUCUCUUCUCCUGACUUCAUGUCGAGUGCGGGCAAAUUGCUGUGUGGCAAGCCGUUCCAGGUGAACACGAACAAGUUCUAUAAGUCUAUUGCAGCCACUAAGGACUUCUCCACGGAACCUGAUCAAGCGCAGCUGAAUGUACUGCCCACGGACUACUGUCGAUCAUUGUACGUGGACAUCAUCAACAUGGAGGGCGGUAAGAUCAUGUGGAGCUUCGUGAAGCCACUCAUCAUGGGCAAGAUCCUGUACACCCCGCCCACUCCCACUGUCACCAGGAUCAUUGAACAGGCCAAUUCCACCUUCGCAACAAUGAUCAAGAUGACGGGCCUGGUGCACUCGUUCUCGGCGUCAUUCCCGGCGAUAGACAAGCUGUCCUCACACAGAGAGGGCGUGGCAGUGCUCCGCCGCAUCAUGACCGCGCCACAGUUCAGCUCCAUACGGAAGAUGCUCAUCAAAGGAGACGAGGAGAUCUCAGUACCUGAUGUCGAUAUUGAUAGCCUGUUUGCAGAAUUUGGAGAUUUGAACAGUAUCGGCAGUCUACUAUCAAAGAUGUCGAACCUGCUGCAGUGUAUCAACCUGAACAGGUUCCAGCCAUCUUCCAAUGAGCAGAAUAUGACCUACGAGGCUGCUCAGCUCAGCAUCGUCAACGAAUUCUCCGCUGGUCUGGUGUUCCUGGACAGUCAGCAUUACGACGGAGCUCUGAAUAAAGUGGAGUAUAAGAUCCGCAUGGACAUCGACAAUGCGCCCACCACAGCACGUCUCAAGGAUUACUUAUGGGUCCCAGGUCCCGAAGCGAACUUCUUGGAGAACAUGCGCUACUUCAGAGGCUUCAUCCAGAUCCAGGACAUCGUGGACAAGGCCAUCAUCAAGCUCUCACACAACUCCACGCAUCGCCGCAAGAGAGAGACUCAGCAGGAGAUGGAUUGGGCGGUAUACACGCAACAAAUGCCGUACCCCUGCUAUAGAAAAGACUUCUUCCAGUCAUCACUAUACGAGUCUCAGUCUAUGAUUGUGGCUUUCUUCUUCUCGUUGCUGUUCACGGUUGCGUCGGCCGUCCGGUUCAUAGUGAUCGACAAGGAGACAGGGAACACCAUGCUCAUGUCUGUAAUGGGUGUGGACCUCCGCUGGCACACGCUGUCGUGGUUCCUCACAUCCUUCGUGGAGAUGACCGUCACCAACCUCUGCAUCACCAUGGUGCUACACUUCGGGCAGGUGUUACCUAGAACAGAUCCUACGCUGAUUUUCACACUGAUCUUCAUUUUUGGAAUAGCUGUGCUUAGUUUUUGCUACAUGCUGUCCAAGAUGUUCAAGUCAGCGAGUUUGGCUGCUGUGUUCUCCGCCAUCGUCUACUUGAUGACCUUCAUGCCCAUCGUCAUAAUCCUCUCCCUGGAGACCUUCAUAGGCUUCACUCUCAAGUUUUUGGUCUGCCUCUUCAUGUCCUCAUCUCUGAGCUACUCGUUCCUGUACAUCGCGAGGUUUGAGGCUCGUGGCUCCGGUGCCUCCUGGGCGGACGUCUGGGGCUCACCCAGUGGUCCCGACGACACCAACAUUGCAUUCACCGCUGGAAUGAUGGUCCUGGAUGCUAUCCUCUAUUUCAUCAUUGGAUGGCUCGUUGAUAGAUAUUGUGGUAUAAAAACCCUGACGACGAACAUCACCCACUGCACCACCACGGACGAGAAGGCUGGCGUCAGUAUCGUGAAUAUCACCAAGGUAUAUGAAGAAGGCUCCAGAAGGGCUAAGGUCGCCCUCGACAACGUCUCCAUAGAACUACAUAAGGGACAGAUCACUACGCUGCUGGGUCAUAAUGGUGCCGGGAAGACUACCCUAAUUAACAUCCUGAUGGGCAUGCUGAAACCGAGUCGUGGGCACGUGGUGGUGCGCGGGGCGCGCGCGGGCACGCGGCUGGGCGUGUGCCCGCAGCACGACGUGCUGGUGGACGGGCUCACCGCGCGCGAGCACGUGCAGCUCUACGCGCAGCUCAAGAGCGGACGCUCGGCUGAUGAAGUGCGCGACGAAGUUGACAAGAUGCUGGAAGUCCUGUCACUAGGCCCAGUAUGUGACGAGCCAGUGCACCGACUGUCAGGUGGCACCCGGCGUCGCCUGUGUGUAGCGCUGGCCUUCGUGGGGCAGCCACAUCUAGUCUCACUCGAUGAACCUACUUCUGGAGUCGAUCCUGCUGCCAGAAGGGACAUCUGGUCAAUGAUAGUGAAGCUAAAGGAGGACCGCACCAUCCUGCUGACCACGCACCACCUCGACGAGGCAGAACUCCUCAGCGACCAGAUCGUCAUCAUGCAUAAGGGCCAGAUUCACACGACAGGAUCUCCAAUAGAAAUUAAACGGACGCUAGGUAAUGGGUACAAGUUGACAGUGAUGUAUCCUGUCCCUGACAUUGAUCAUGAGGAAACGUGGGAGGACACCAGCCAGGAGGAGAAGACCAAACAGCUGCUGACCGUGGUUCGAGAUGUCGUGAAGAAUGCUAACGUUGUAGAUGUCAGUGGAAAUGAAGUCGAAAUUGCAUUACCAUUCUUCGAUAGCAACGGUUUAAAUAAUAAUUUCCUGCAACUGUGCACGGUGCUGGAAGCGACACAGUCUGCACUAGGCUUCAAGACCUACACCUUGGACUGCAGCAGUCUGGAACAGGUAUUCUUCAACAUCUGCCAACAAGCAGACUCUCCACAGAACGGAAUCGAGUAUGUGAUUGACGGCUGCCCAUCGAAGAGUGCGUCCAGCUCCAGCAUCCGCACGGACCGAGCUCAGCAGGACCUGGUGCCACCUGAUGGUCCACUGAAGGGCACCACCUGGCAACAGUUCAAAGCGCUCAUGUAUGCCAGAUACAUGCAUCAUAUCAGGAACUGGUGGCUGAUGUUCCUCCUGAUGGUGCUGCCGACGGUGUUCGUGUCAGUGGCCAUGGCGUUCUCCAUGCUGCGCCCACCUGCAGACAACGAGAUUGCGCUCAAACUGGAUGAUCACCUCUAUAAGGACUCUACCGAGUUCUUAGUACCACCACCUGUACCCUCACAAUACGUGGACCCGAAGUUCGUGGAUAGCAUCGUACAUUACCUGAUGAUGGACAAACAAACCAAGAAUUGGACCAGAGCGGACAAUCCCCGGUGUGAGUGCAGGGAGACGAGACAGCACUGCAACAUCACGGAGGCGCAGUCCACGACACCGCCGGAGCUGAUGCUGCUUCCAGACUCCAUAGCACUCAACAAGUGGCUGGUGGGCACACAGGAGAUAUACAUCGAGAAGAGAUACGGAGGCUUUUCAAUGACCCUAAAGAACAACAUGACGAACAUGAUCUCCUGGUACAACAACAAGGGUCACCACGCCAUGCCUGCCUACCUGAACACAGCUAACAACGCCAUUCUUCGAGCUGUGUCUGGCAAGCCCACCGCCAACAUCACCACUUACACGCACCCACUCAAGAUCUCCAACGAACCUAUCAGUAAAGCUACUGUGUACCAACACAUCGCAGACGCGGGUAUCUCAGGGCUGGUGCUGGUGGCGUACUGCCUGGUGUCGGCGGGCGCCGCCAUCUACCUGGUGGGCGCGCGCCGCUCGCAGGAGAAGCGCCUGCAGCUGCUCUGUGGAGUCAGUCCGCUGCUGUACUGGACCACGGCUCUCGUCUGGGACAUGAUGAUAAUGGCCAUUAAUGUCGGUGUGACGGCAAUCGUGAUGACGGCAUUCGGAUUCCCCGUGUUCGUGGCGCGGAACAACCUGCCUGCUAUCUGCAUACUGCUCAUGUUAUACGGGUUUGCAUGCGGCUCCAUGGUGCAUUUGUUCGAGAAGAUAUUCUCGGAACCGAGCAUGGCCAACAUGGUGCUGUUCUGUGGGAACGCCUUCAUCGGGCUCACCUUCAUCGCCAUACUACUCAUCUUUGACAUCAUCUCCGAGUCUGAGGAGACAGACUAUGCUCGCUACGUGCUCCACAAGUUCUUCAUGUUGGCGCCACAGUUCGCGCUCGGAGACGGACUGCUCGAGAUCGCCAAGAACACUAUACAGGCUGAAGUGCUUAACCGGUUCGGUAUGGACACGUACAAGGACCCGUUCUCCAGCACUCUGGUCGCGUACCACUGCGUGUACCUGCUCGUGGUGGGGACAGUACUGCAGCUCCUCAACCUCGCUGUGGAAUACAACUGCUUCGAUACUCUGCUGGCCAGGUUGAGGUCGGAGCGAGUCCCCGCGGCGGCGGGCGGCGAGCUGGAGGCGCGCGAGGUGAGCGACGAGCGCCGCCGCGUGCUCGCCGCCCGGCGACACGCGCACUCCGCGCCGCUCAGGGUCAACACCAUCGGGAAUAUUAACAGAGGCUACAUCCACACGGAAGGCAAGAAGGGCUCCCUGCAGCGCGUAGUAGCGCCAUCUAGUGACGCGGCGCAGUGCGUGGAGCUGUCUAAGUGUUACCCUGCCUUCCGCGGGUACAAUGUCGCGCUACGGAACCUUACACUCGGCAUACCGCCUGGACAGUGCACAGCUCUCCUGGGUCAGAACGGCGCAGGCAAGUCCACCACGUUCUCCAUGCUGACGGGCGAGGUGCGGCCCACCUCGGGACAACUCUACCUCAACAACAAACUCGUCAACUCCACGCAGCUCUGUAGGAAUGGACUCAUCAGUUACUGCCCUCAGAGUGACGCGAUAGAUCGUCUGCUGACUGUCAGUGAGACGCUGCGGUUCUACUGCAAGCUGCGAGGCAUCGACGAUCAGGAGGAGGUGAUAAAGCGUACAAUGGAAGUGUUCGACCUGACGAAGUACUCCGAGGUGCUGAACGGUACCCUCAGCGGAGGCAACAAGCGCAAGCUGUGCACCGCCAUCGCGUUCAUGGCCAGAACACCGCUAGUACUGCUGGAUGAACCUACCAGUGGCAUGGACCCGGUGUCCCGCGGCUGCGUGUCGCGCGGCGUGCGCGCGGCGUGCGGGCGGGCGCGCGGCGUGCUGCUGGCCACGCACGCGCUGCACGACGCGCGCCGCCUCGCCGCGCGCGUCGCGCUACUGCGCCACGGGCACCUCGUCGCGCUCGCACCGCUCGAAGACUGUCUCAACAGGUUCGGCGGUGGGUACGUGGUGCAGUGCCGCGUGGGGCGGGGCGGCGCGAGCACGCCGCGCUCGGCGUGGCGGGGCGUGACGUCACGCGCGCCGCACGCCCAGCUCCGCGUGCUGCACCAACACACGCUGCACUUCCUCGUGCCCACGCACUGCACUGUUGAUCAGAAAGAGGUGACGACUCGUCUGAGCGACAUCUUCCGGCUGAUGGCGGAACUACAAAGCACCUGUGAUAUUGAAGACUUCACCGUCAACCAAAGUUCAUUGGAACAGAUGUUCCUAAGCUUCACGGAUAAGUCAGAGAUCGAGUCAGACAUAGUAGAAGUGGAACAGCUUCCUUCACCAGACACCAUCAUGACGACCGAGGAACUGGACACUGUCACUGCUCUCUAA